AUGGAGCUGUCUUGGAAGGUCUUCUUUGUUGUCCUCCUAAGUUUUUUAUGCUGGGGUUUAGACCUGGAAUAUGAUAAAAAUUUCAUUUCAGCUGCUGGUCCUCUAACCGAAGACUUACUGUAUAACCUUAGUGGUCGAAACCAGAGUUCUAAUUUCCUAGCAGGAUACAAGGACAUUUAUGUUUGUCAGGAGCCACUGCCUAUUUUCCUGCCAGAGUACUUUGGCAGUCUUCAUGCUAAUAAGAUCACCCAUUAUAAAGUAUUUCUGUCGUGGACACAACUUCUCCCAGAUGGAAGCUCCAAGAAUCCAGACAAGAAGACCGUGCAGUGCUAUCGGAGACUGCUUGAGGCCCUCAGGGCUGCGCAGCUUCAGCCCAUGGUUGUCCUGCACCACCAGGCCCUCCCCGCCAGCACCAUCCAGACACGCGGAGCCUUUGUUGACCUCUUUGCUGAUUAUGCCACGUUUGCCUUCCACUCCUUUGGGGAUCUAGUUGGGAUCUGGUUCACUUUCAGUAACUUGAAGGAAGUGAUAAUGGAGCUUCCGCACCAGGAAUCAAGAGCUUCACGUCUCCAGACCCUCACUGAUGCCCACAGAAAAGCCUAUGAGAUUUACCAUGAAAAAUAUGCUUCUCAGAGCGGAAAGCUCUCUGUUGUCCUACGAGCUGAAGAGGUCUCAGAGUUUCUGCUAGAACCACCCACAUCUGCUCUUGUCAAGGACUCGGUCGAUUUCCUCUCUCUUGAUUUAUCUGACGAAUGCCAGAAUGAGGAGAGUCUACCACAGAUGCUGGGUAAACUGCAGACCAUUGAGCCAAAAGUGAAACUUUUCAUCUUUAACCUAAAACUCCAGGACUGCCCCUCCACCAGGAACAGUCCAGCCAGGCUGCUCUUCAGCCUUCUGGAAGCUACAGACAAAGACCAAGUGCUCACCAUCGGGGCUGAUAUUAACGCAUUCCUGAGUUGUUCAGCAGAUUCCAAGGAAAGCACAUCUUGUUCUCUGACUGACAACCUGAUCCUGCGGACUGAUCAGACUGAUCGGCAUCAGGACCCCCUGACAGCAGUUGGCCCCUUGUCGCCUGGCUCGGCCUAUCAGAGAGUGUGGGAAAUAUUUGCUAACCAGUCCAGGGCAGAAAGGGACACUUUCCUGCAGGAUGUUUUCCCUGAGGGCUUCCUCUGGGGUGUCUCCACAGGAGCCUUUAGUGUGGAAGGAGGUUGGGCGGAGGGCGGAAGGGGGCCGAGCAUCUGGGACCAAUAUGAGCCUCUGAAUGCCAUCAAGGGCCAAGUGACUCCAGCAGUGGCCAGUGACAGUUAUCAUAAGUUGGCCUCUGAUGUUGCCCUGCUCCGAGGACUCCGGGCCCAGGUGUACAAGUUCUCCAUCUCCUGGUCCCGAAUCUUCCCCACUGGACACAAGAGUGAACCCAGCCCCCAAGGCGUCACCUACUACAACACACUGAUUGACAGCCUGCUGGACUCUGGCAUCGAGCCCAUGGCCACACUGUUCCACUGGGACUUGCCUCAGGCCCUGCAGGAUUGCGGAGGGUGGCAGAAUGAGAGCGUGGUGGAUGCCUUCCUGAACUAUGCAGCCUUCUGCUUCUCUGCCUUUGGGGACCGUGUGAAGCUGUGGGUGACCUUCCACGAGCCGUGGGUGAUCAGCUACGCAGGCUACGGCACUGGCCAGCAUGCUCCAGGUAUCUCCGACCCAGGCGUGGCCUCUUUUAAGGUGGCUCAUUUGAUCCUCAAGGCUCACGCCAGGACUUGGCACCACUACAACCACCACCAUCGCUCCCAACAGCAGGGGCACGUGGGCAUUGUGCUGAACUCAGAUUGGGCAGAACCCCUGUCUCCAGAGAGGCCAGAGGACCUGAAAGCCUCUGAGCGCUUCUUGCACUUCAUGCUGGGGUGGUUUGCACACCCCAUCUUUGUGGACGGAGACUACCCAGCUGCCCUGAAGGCCCAGAUCCUACAGAUGAACAAACAGUGUCCCAGUCCUGUGGCUCAGCUCCCUGAGUUCACGAAGGCAGAAAAAGAGCUCCUAAGAGGCUCUUCUGAUUUUCUGGGUCUGUCUCAUUACACCUCCCGCCUCAUCAGCAAGGCCCAAGUUACCUGCAACCCCAGCUAUGACACCAUUGGAGGAUUCUCCCAACAUGUGGACCCUUCGUGGCCCCAAACCUCAUCCCCUUGGAUUCGUGUAGUGCCCUGGGGGAUAAGGAGACUGUUGCAGUUUGUAUCCUUGGAAUAUACCCGAGGAAAAGUUCCAAUAUAUCUGGCUGGGAAUGGCAUGCCCACAGGGGAAAGUGAAAAUCUCUUUGAUGAUUCUUUGAGAGUAGACUACUUCAAUCAAUAUAUCAAUGAGGUGCUCAAGGCUAUCAAGGAGGAUUCAGUGAAUGUUCGUACUUACAUCGCUCGUUCCCUCAUUGAUGGCUUCGAAGGCCCCUCUGGUUAUAGCCAGAGAUUUGGGCUGUACCAUGUCAACUUCAGUGACAGCAGUAAGCCAAGGACUCCCAGGAAAUCUGCCUACUUUUUCACCAGCAUCAUUGAAAAGAAUGGUUUCCUCACCAAGGUCAUAAAAAGACGCCCAACAACUAGCAUGGCAGACUUCUCCUCUAAGAUCAGAGCCCUCACUUUCCCUUCUGAGGUGCCCUCCAAGGCUAAAGUAGUUUGGGAAAAGUUCUCCAACCAACCCAAGUUUGAAAGAGAUUUGUUCUACCAUGGCACAUUCCGAGAUGACUUUCUGUGGGGUGUGUCCUCUUCAGCCUAUCAGAUCGAAGGAGGUUGGAAUGCAGAUGGCAAAGGUCCCAGCAUUUGGGAUAACUUUACCCACACUCCGGGGAGCAACGUGAAAGACAAUGCCACUGGAGACAUAGCCUGCGACAGCUAUCACAAAGUGGACGCUGAUCUGAACAUGCUUCGAGCUUUGAGAGUGAAAGCCUAUCGUUUCUCCAUCUCCUGGUCUCGGAUUUUCCCAACUGGGAGAAACAGUUCUGUCAACAGUCACGGUGUUGAUUACUAUAACAGGCUGAUCGAUGGCUUGGUGGCUAGCAACAUCUUUCCCAUGGUGACACUGUUCCACUGGGACCUGCCCCAGGCCCUCCAGGAUAUCGGAGGCUGGGAGAAUCCUUCCUUGAUUGAGUUGUUUGACAGCUAUGCCGACUUUUGCUUCCAGACCUUUGGUGACAGAGUGAAGUUCUGGAUGACCUUUAAUGAGCCCAUGUACCAGGCAUGGUUGGGUUAUGGCUCAGGGGAGUUUGCUCCAGGUGUGAAGGACCCAGGCUGGGCACCUUACAAAGUUGCCCAUGCAGUCAUCAAAGCCCACGCCAGGGCCUAUCACACUUAUGAUGAGAAAUACAGGCAGAAGCAGAAGGGGGUCAUCUCAUUGAGCCUCAACACUCACUGGGGAGAGCCCAAGUCACCGAACGUCCCAAGAGACGUGGAAGCAGCUGACCGAAGCCUGCAAUUCUCCCUAGGUUGGUUUGCUCACCCUAUUUUUAGAAAUGGAGACUAUCCUGAUGCCAUGAAGUGGAAAGUGGGGAACAGGAGUGAGCUACAACACUUAGCCACCUCCCGCCUGCCGAGCUUCACUGAGGAAGAGAAGGCAUACAUUAGGGGUACAGCCGAUGUCUUCUGCCUCAACACCUACUCCUCCAGAAUCGUGCAGCAUAAAACACCCAGGCUAAACCCACCCUCCUACGAAGAUGACAGGGAGCUGACGGAGGAGGAGGACCCUUCGUGGCCUUCCACAGCCACGAACAGAGCUGCAGCAUGGGGGAUGAGAAGACUGCUGAACUGGAUCAAGGAGGAGUACGGCAACAUCCCCAUCUAUGUCACUGAAAAUGGAGUGGGACUGACGAGUGACAAACUGGAAGAUACCGAGAGGAUAUUUUACCACAAAACCUACAUCAAUGAGGCUUUGAAAGCCUACAGGCUCGAUGGUGUCGACCUACGAGGGUAUGCCGCUUGGUCUCUCAUGGACAACUUUGAGUGGCAGUCAGGCUACACAGUCAAGUUUGGGCUAUACCACGUUGACUUCAGUAACAUGAACAGGCCUCGCACGGCAAGAGCCUCCACCAGGUUCUACACAGAGGUCAUUACCAACAACGGCAUGCCGCUCCCCAAGGAGGACGAGUUUCUGUAUGGACGGUUUCCCGACGGUUUUAUCUGGAGUGCGGCCUCCGCCGCGUAUCAGAUUGAAGGAGCGUGGAGGGCAGAUGGCAAAGGACUCAGCAUCUGGGACACCUUUUCUCACACUCCGCUGAGGGUUGGGAACGAUGACACCGGAGACGUGGCCUGCGACAGCUACCACAAGAUCGCUGAGGAUCUGGUUGCGCUGCAGAACCUCGGCGUGUCCCACUAUCGCUUUUCCAUCUCCUGGACUCGCGUCCUCCCUGACGGGACCACCAGGCACAUCAACGAAGCUGGCCUGAGCUACUACGUGCGGCUCAUCGAUGCGCUGCUCGCUGCCAACAUCCAGCCCCAGGUGACCAUUUACCACUGGGACCUGCCCCAGGCACUCCAGGAUGUUGGAGGCUGGGAGAACGAGACCAUCGUGCAGCGCUUUAAAGAGUAUGCAGACGUGCUGUUCCGGAGGCUGGGAGACAAGGUGAAGUUCUGGAUCACGCUGAAUGAGCCCUUCGUCAUUGCUAACCAGGGCUAUGGCUAUGGGACAUCAGCUCCAGGAAUCUCCUUCAGGCCUGGCACGGCCCCCUACAUAGCUGGCCACAACCUCAUAAAGGCUCAUGCCGAGGCCUGGCAUCUCUACGACGAGCAGUACCGAGCCAGCCAGGGCGGCACCAUUUCCAUCACCAUCAGCAGCGACUGGGCUGAGCCCAGAGACCCCUCCAGUCAGGAGGACGUGGAGGCAGCCAGGAGAUACGUCCAGUUCAUGGGAGGCUGGUUUGCACAUCCUAUUUUCAAGAACGGAGACUACCCUGAGGUGAUGAAGACGCGGAUCCGGGACAGGAGCUUGGCCGCGGGCCUCAGCAAGUCUCGGCUCCCGGAAUUCACAGAGAGUGAGAAGAGGAGAAUCAACGGCACCUAUGACUUUUUUGGGUUCAAUCACUAUACCACCGUGCUGGCCUACAACCUCAACUAUGCCUCUUUCAUCUCCUCCUUUGAUGCUGACAGGGGAGUUGCCUCCAUCACAGACCGCUCUUGGCCAGACUCUGGCUCCUUCUGGCUGAAGAUGACGCCUUUCGGCUUCAGGAGGGUCCUGAACUGGCUGAAGGAGGAGUACAACAACCCUCCAAUUUACGUGACAGAGAAUGGAGUGUCCCAGAGGGAAGAAGUAGACCUCAACGACACUGCGAGGAUCUACUACCUCCGCAGUUACAUCAACGAGGCCCUCAAAGCUGUGCAGGACAAGGUGGACCUGCGAGGAUACACGGUUUGGACUCUGAUGGACAACUUCGAGUGGGCCACAGGCUUUGCAGAGAGGUUUGGCCUCCAUUUUGUGAACUACUCUGACCCGUCCCUGCCAAGGAUCCCCAAAGCCUCAGCCAGCUUCUAUGCCUCUGUGGCCCGGUGCAAUGGCUUUCCUGACCCCGCCACAGGCCCGCACCCUUGUCUCCAGCAGCCGGAAGGUGCCGGGCCCACCAUUGGCCCUGAGAGGCAGGAGGAGGUGCACUUCCUGGGGCUACGGCUGGACCCAACCGCCGCGGGAACAGCUUUAUACAUCCUCUUGUCUCUCUUGCUCCUUGGAGUCUGUGGCUUGGCCUUUCUGUCCUACAAAUACUGCCGGCGCUCCAAGCAAGGGGCAGCACAGAGCCAACAGGAGCUGAGCCCCGUCUCUUCAUUCUGACAAGUUACCGCCCCUGCAGCCUGGCGAAGCAGGCCGUUUCUUCUACACCUUUGCUGGCCACGGGAUUCCUUAGGGCCUUGUGUUCUGUGCACACUGGGGUUCUGCAGAGGCCUGAGUGCCGUUAGAGAACUUCCAUAUUGAAGGAUUUCCAGUUUUUGAUUAAAAUGGGAACUCCCAUCUUGCCCACGCCAGGAGCUCACCUGGGCAUUAGAGGAGCCUGCAGGUAGUGACGUGUGUGCAGACCUUGGCCCAGUGACCCUGAGACCCACUUCACAAC